AUGAAAUUGGAAGAAAUGAACAAGAUUAUUCCUAUGUUUAUUAUUACCUUGUCUCUCUAUAGCAUCAUGAAAAAUGCAAGAAGUAAUGAUGAAAGUGAAACCUUGGAGGCUCGCAUGAGUCGUAUGGAACAAACGCUUGCAGCCUUAACAGAAGCAAUAAUGCAACAACAGAGGCAACAACCUUUGCCCCCACUGCCUCCACCAGCACAAAAUGAGCCAGAUAACAAUGAUACAAUUAACUUGACUCAGAAAUUCAUGAAAAUGAAACCGCCAACUUUCCUCGGAGGUAUUGAACCAUUAAAAGCUGAAACAUGGUUGUUGGAAAUGGAGAAAUUAUUUGAAGUGUUUCCUUGUUCUGAGACUCAGAAGGAACUCAAGCAAGGCAACAUGUUCGUAGCCAAGUACGAGGCUAAAUUCACUGAAUUGGCUCACUUUGCUCCUCACAUGAUAGAUACAGACCACAAGAAAGCUCGAAAAUUCGAAAGAGGAUUGGACUUAGAUGUAUUUGAUCAGGUAAGCGUCUUGAAGCUGCCCACAUAUGUAGACGUACUUGACAGAGCUCACAUGGCUGAAGCCAUUCUAGCUGCAAAGAAACAAACUAAAGCUCCAACAACUGAAUGGAGAGGUAAAAGAUCUGGACUCAGUUUCAAGAAGGGUCGUUCAUUUGUUAUGAAUAAGAAACAAAAUACGGGAUCUUCUAGCAGCUCAAGUCAAAGCAGUGGGUGUGCACCUGUUUGUACUCAAUGUGGGAGGAGACAUAGAGGAGUUCGCCAUCGGGUAUCGGGUGCUUGUUUUCGGUAUGGCAAGACGGGCCACAUGAUAAGAGAUUGUCUAAUCGGGUCAGAAAAUGCCAACCGUCCUGUAGCAAGUUCCGGAGGAUUUGUUUCUGGAUCAAGAACAAAUGUUAAAACUAAUACGAGAAGAGAACCCUUGAGAUAG